CAUCCCUGGUCAUCCAUACUGCCUCUGAUCUGGCGGACUCACUAAACACAAGUGCUUCGUUUGUAAAUUGUGUUGGAGUGUGCCACUGGCUAGCCAUAAAUUUAAAUAACAAAUACAUCGUGCCGUCUGGUUUGCCUAAUAUAAGAAAUGUUGGAUGAUUCAUACUUUUACUUUUGAUACUGAAAGUAACGUUAUAUUUUAGCAAUGACAUUUAAAACCAAAUACUUUUGAACUUUUACUCAACUAGUAUUUUACUGUGUGACUUUCAUUUUUACAUGAUUCAUUAAGGUACAGUAUCUUUACUUUUACUCGUAUGAAGAUUGGGUACUUUUUCCACCACUGUAUCUAGUGGAAACCGGGAGAAAGAGACCCAGGGCAUAAAUGAAUGGAACUCAUGUUAGAUGUACAACAUAGCCAACAGGGGGAGACAAAGUGCGAGUUUACAUGUAAACCUGAAUCCAUCCAUCCUUUAAUCAAAAAUAAUAAUCGGUGGCAUGUAGCUAGGGUUGACGCUUAAAUUUAGCUAGCUAUGUGGUCAUGGAUACGGUGCCAAUGUUAUGAGAAACAACAGUGAAGCACAGCAAACUAACGUUAGCUAGCCAUACUGCGAGUUCGUUUAAUGGUAUCUAUUGGUAAGUACUGUUAGAUAAAUAUUUGUUGUUGGGAUGAUAACAGUAAUAAGUAGCGCUAGUUAGCUAACUAUGAAUCCCAGUUAGCUAUAGUAGCUAGCAAAUAGUUAGCAAGCUAGCAUUGUUGGUUAACAGUAGCAAGUACUGUAGCUUACAUUGCAUUGCACACACCCAGUGGUUAGCACGCUGACGCAUGACACGCACACAUGCACGGAAUACAUGACAAUGACCAAAACACUUGGAUGGAAGUGUAGCUAGCUAAUUUGUCCAAAGCAGUUCUAACUAUAGUAGCAAACUAGCUAGCCAACUUUGUUGUUUAAAUUAUGAAAAGAAUAUGCAAAAAGGUAGGAGUUUUUAAAUUAUAUAUCUAUUACCAUAAGAGUGCUGUGAUGACCAGAACAAAGCAGACAGCAGAGCUGGACAAGCAUCCGGAUCCAGCUGCAGCUGCUAAGCUCACAGAGAAGAGCCCCGCUGACAGCAGCAAGGGGGGCACAGGGAUCAUGUCCCCCAAAAGUCAGGGGAGGGCAGGCACAGCAUCCCCCUACAAUCUGGCUCCGGCUCCCUUCGGCCUCAACCAGAACCACGUGGUGUGUCUGCCUCUGGUCUCCGAGCACCUGAAGCUCCUGUGGGCGUGCUCAGACCAGACCCAGGAACUGGACGGCGUGACUUAUCUCAUAGAGGCCUUCAACGUGUUCCCAUACCCGACCCUGGGGGAGACGGCAUCGCUCGCCCAGAGCUGCUCUCUGCAUCUGGACCAGGUCAGAGUGUGGUUUAUGGUCCAGCGGCUCCGCUAUGGGAUCAGCUGGGAUGCAGAAGAGAUCUGUAUGGCACGGUGCAAGAUGUGCGGACCAAACCAGGCGAAGGACAAAAAAGAGAAAGAGGAGGUAUUGCCUCCCCUCAGUAAGGAGGAUGAUGGGAGAAACAGGAUCGAACAUUCACCUGUCUCCACCUCCAAUCAGCUUAGCAGCCUGUCCUUCGAGUCCUCGUCACCCGUUCCUCAAAAAAGCCAUAAACACCACCUUGUUGUUGCACCCAAUAACUCCAAUCUGCAACACCCUUCUCCUCCACUCCCUCUGUGCUUAGUGGCGCCCCCCACAACCACAGGGCAAACCCUCGAAGCCCCCAACAAACCCCAGAGGCACUGUCAGGAUUUUCAUUCAGAGCUGUGGCGGAGCUUCGGCCGCAACACAAAUCCCCCGAAGGAGGAGCUCCAGCGUCUGCAGGCCCUCACCAGGCUCCACAUGAAGUACAUCCGCAAGUGGUUCUGCAACCGGCGUUUCUUGCUCCAUCACCGCGUCAAGGCCGACCCAGAGUCUGAAGAGAACGGCCAGUCACAGUCCAACGACCUCCUGUCGUCACAGACACAGCUUAUUCAGCGUCUGACACAACCACCACCGCCAACUGACAGCAGGGUCAGACCAUCACCGGCAAAGAAAAGGGUCUGUCAAGUAGAUGAUGUCGACUUCCUAAGCAGGAGCCGCAAUGGUAACCCUGUCCAUGGCAACCCCGCUAACACCCCCCACCAGAUUAGGUCAAACUUGAAGGUGAAGGAAAAAGAGAAAGAACCAGCGGACGUACAGAAGAAGAAGACGGGAGCAGCAGACAAAGAGAAAACGGCCAGAGCUGGAGCUAAGAGAUGGACAAAGAACGUCAAGAAGGAACUGAAGGAGGAGCGGAAAGCGGUGGGGAUCACCAAAUUCAUCGAUGACGACGGAGAAGAACAAGUUCUCAAAAUGGGCCCGUGGCCGAAGAACAAGACAAUAGCUCAGCUGGAGCUCCUGAGACACUUCUUCCUCACCUGCCAGUGGCCCACCAAAGGGGACUACACGCAGCUGCAGCAGCAGACAGGCCUCUCGCGGAAGGCUCUCACCCAGUGGUUCGGAGACACCCGCUACUACGUCAAGAAGGGCAUGGAACGCUGGAUGAGUGGGGAAGAGCACCAGAAGGUCCUGGCGCAGAUUAGGGGGAAGCAGAGGCAACGGCAGAGGGACUGGUUGAUGACUGAGGAAACCGGUCCAUCAGGGUCCUCCUCCGUGCCGGCUUUUGCUUUACCGUGACUCAUAGUGCUAAUGGGGAGGCUGGCAGGGAGGAGGAUGGAGCUGGGACUUUGAGACCUAUGAAUGGCGUGAAGCUGGAGUGACCGCUGAGAGACUUGGGGUACUCAAUAGUAUAAAAAGGCUUCUUCUCCUUUGUGCUCUCUCCUCUAGGAGCACUGAUCCAGCAUGGCCUAACAGGUGAAAUGUUAUUUGUUGAAACUUGAAAUCUGAAACUCACCUGUCUGCAGUGAUGGAAAAGGAAGCGGAGUAGAGUCACACCCCUGCUGUAAUGCUGGAGAGGCCUGGAGGGUGCUGAAAAGGGCUACAUAUUAGGAAUUGUCACGAAUGAGACAGCAUUCUGUUUUUAUGUUACAAGUUGUUGAUUAUGUUUAUGAUGUUCUAGUCUACUUUAGUUGUAGCACUAUUGAGACUGGCACUUCCUGUUCAGUUAUUCAUUCAAAUGGCAAUUCAUCUUUCAAGUUCUAUCACAAUUUUAUGCUGGGAAGUUUCUAUGACAUUGCAUUGAUGUUCCUUGUUUGAUAUGUUCAGAGUGUAAAGAAUUAGGGAAACUACCAGACCUGCGACAACCUAUGUCCUUGGGUGCGUCCCAAUAAUCUCUCCUUCCUCCUGAAGUGUGCACUUGCGCAUUCAUUUCUCCCCAUAAAGUUAAAAUCAUUGGAGUGAUGUAGACAUGGGCUAGGGGGGAGUCCAUUAAGGGAAUUGAACAAGUGCACACUUUGGGAGAACAGAGAUUAUUGGGACAUACCUUAAGGUGUGGUCUUAUUGGUAGUAAGAAAGUAGAUCAUUUAUUUUGAUUUCAGAGCUAGUAUGUGGAGUCGUAUCUGGUUCUUUGUGUGGUGAACAGGUUUCUUCCCUUUUGUGAAUAAAAAUAACUGUUCUCCUUGUUCUGCAAUUGGGUAUCUUUUAUAUUUUGGAUCAUGAACCUCUACGUUG